AUGCCUAACCUUACCUGUGUUGUCGUGGAGUUGGAUGUUGUCUUGCCCCGCGAAUUGCUCUCCACACUUGCCGUCAUCCAGAGCUUGACUCGACUUGACAUCCACCAACUGCGCCUGGAGUCCUGGACGGACCCAUACCUCUUCAUCUUCUUUUCCCCUCGCUUUCUCGGCUCGUGCUUCGCAUUGCAGGAGACGCAGGCGCAUACCGCGAAGAGAAGGCCAAUGUCUUUUCACUUUUACGAGCGGUCUGCGGGAACCUCACGCAGCUGUUGCUGUCCGGCGAUCUGUUUUUCUGCUCAGUUCUCUCAGCUUGAGUGGAACCGUCUCAAAUCCUUCACUAUCACCGACCAUCCACCGGCCCCAAGUAUUGCUCUUCACCUGCUGGUCGGCAACAUGCGCCGCCUUGCCAUUCUCGAGCUUCUCUUCGCGCCUCAUCUUGCGAAAAAUCAACUUCCUCCAUUCUUCGUCGACUAUGUGGACAAUAGUCUGAGCUAUCGACAUUUGCGUGCUCCAACCUCGAUGCGGGCGACCCUAUAUUCCAGCACCUUCCGACUACGCUUCGAAAUCCUCGUCUGCUCACCUACACCCUACGAUCGGCGAAUGAAAUGGCAUUAUGACGAAUCCCAAAUGCUUGGUUUUUUUUGGCGAAUACGUUCUAGCAAUUGA